AUGGAUGAAUCAGUACCAGAAAUUGAUCUACCAAUUUUAAAACCGGUAAAAGCUACAAAUAUAUCUAACAAAAAUAUGAUCAAAACAGUUACAGACAGUGUUCAGAAGCAAUUAAAUGAGUUUGCAGACUGGAUUAUAUCAUAUAUUCCACCAGAUGUUAAGAAACCAACCAAUAAGCGUUUGGAUGAUUUGAAAAACGAGGUUAAUAAUAUUUAUAAAAGUCUGAAAAAUACAGGUGAUGUACAAAAGGACAUGAAUGUUGCAUACAAGAAAGAGUCAGCAAUGAAGGGUUUUUUAUCGUCUUACAUGAUCAAAGGUGAGAAAAAGAUUGAUCCUAAAUCGUUUAUAGAAAAGUAUGAGACCGCAGUUAUUAGAACGGUUGAAAAACAGCAAAAACCAAUAAAAAUGAAAUUAGUACUAGAGUGUGUAUUUUAUAAAGAGGAGCAUAAAGAGGUUGUAUACACAUUUGGGUAUUUUCAUAGUAAUAUAGUUAUUAUUACACAAGCUACGAAUAUAGAAGAUGUUUAUGAAACAUUGACAGGUGAUAUAUUAGAAAAGAUUAGYAAUUUCCAAAAUAGUGGAUCGGGKUGGAUAUUCAAUAAAGUGGAGAAUUUAGAUAUUCAUAUAGAUAAAUAUAARCCUAURACAGCAAAAUCUUAUAUYCCAUUACCAGGAAAAUUGAAGAGUAAAGAGGCUAUUGUUAAUCCUAUUAAUAAGGAUAAYSAAUGCUUCAAAUGGGCAGUUACAACAGCUUUAUUUCCUUCUCAUAAGAACCCAAAUAGGAUAACUAAAGCUCUUAGGAAUAAUAGUGAAAAACUAUGUUGGGAUGAUAUCGAAUUUCCUGUUCAGCUGGAUAAGAUUACUAAAUUUGAGAGUAAUAAUCCAGAAUAUCGAGUAAACGUGUAUAAAUAUAUUAAUGAGUCUGUACCUAUUAGAAUAAGUGAGGUUGAAAAUGAAGAUAGUAAGAAAACGAUAAAUCUACUAUUAAUAUCRAAUGAAGAGACUAAYCACUAUUGCUGGAUAAAAAAUAUGAGUAGGUUAAUAUCAUCUCAAAUAACUAAAAAUGGUCAUUGUAGGUAUUAUUGCGAAAGGUGUCUCAACUCGUUUAAAACGAAAAAGGCUUUAGACAUACACUAUGAGUAUUGUAAGAACCACGAGGCGGUUAAAAUUACAUUACCAAAAAAGGGGACAACGAUCUCGUUUAAUAAUUAUAAUCACUCUAUGCGAGUCCCCUUUGUCAUCUAUGCAGAUUUUGAAUGCUUCACAGAGAGUAUCGAUACAUGUCAACCAAAUGAUGAAAGAUCAUAUACUCAACAGUACCAAAAGCAUGAACCAUCUGGUUAUUGUUAUAUGGUAAAAUGUUAUGAUGAUAGUAUAUAUAGACCAAAAUUGUAUAGAUAUACUGCUAAGUCAGAGGAUGAGGAUAUUAGUCGAAAAUUUGUAGAAUCGAUAGAAAAUACUAUUAAAAAUGUCUAUAAAAGAUAUCAUUACAAUAAGAAGGUUAAGAUGAUGGAUGAGGAUAAUAUGAAUUAUGAUAAAGCUACACAUUGUCAUAUUUGUGAUAAGGAGUUAAAUGGCGAUAAGGUAUUAGAUCAUGACCAUCUUACAGGGAAGUAUCGGGGUGCAGCGCAUAAUGAGUGUAAUUUGAAUUACAAAACACCGAAGCAUAUACCAGUGAUAUUCCAUAAUUUAGCAGGUUAUGACGCACAUUUAUUCAUUAAGAAUCUAGGUUCUACAGAAGGGAAAAUAGAUUGUAUUCCAAACAAUGAGGAGAAAUAUAUCAGUUUCAAAAAGGAGAUAAUAGUAGAUACAUUUGAGGAUAAAAAUGGUAAGGUUAUUAACAUUAAACGUGUGAUUAGAUUCAUUGACAGUUUAAAAUUUAUGGCUUCAAGUCUAGAUUCAUUAGUUAGCAAUCUAGAGAAGAAACAUUGUAAGAAUAUGAAUUUUUUCUAUGAGGGUAAAAAGCUUGAUCUAUUACUUAGGAAAGGUGUUUAUCCAUAUGACUAUGUUAGUACAUUAGAUAAAUUGAAUGAAACAUCCCUCCCCCCGAUAGAAGCGUUUUUUAACAAAUUGAAUAAUACACCAACUACCAUCACUGAUUACAAACAUGCACAAGAAAUAUGGAAAACAUUCAAAAUAAAAUCUAUGAAAGAGUAUCAUGAUUUAUAUCUUAAGAGUGAUGUCAUCCUAUUAGCAGAUGUAUUUGAAACUUUCAGGGAUGUAUGUAUGGAGAAUUAUACGUUAGAUCCGUGUUGGUAUUACACAGCUCCAGGACUGUCUUGGGAUGCUAUGUUGAAAAAGACGAAAAUUAAUCUCGAGUUGUUAACAGAUAGUGAAAUGCUACUAAUGAUAGAAUCUGGAAUAAGAGGAGGGAUCUCGAUGAUUAGUAAACGUUAUGCAAAAGCUAAUAACAAAUACAUGAAAUCAUUCAAUAAUAAGGAAAAGUCGAAAUUCAUCAAAUACCUAGAUGCUAAUAAUUUAUAUGGGUGGGCUAUGUCACAGAAGUUACCUACACAUGGGUUUAAAUGGAUGAAUAAACUAGAGCUCAAGAAUUGGAAAAAGCAUCCAUGUAUCCUAGAAGUAGAUUUAGAUUAUCCAGUUGAGCUGCAUAAAUUGCAUAAUGAAUAUCCUCUUGCCCCUGAAAGGAUAAUGGUUAAUAAAGUGGAGAAACUUAUUCCGAAUUUAGGAAAUAAGACAAAAUAUGUAGUACAUCAUGAGACGUUGAAAUUGUAUGAAAGUCUUGGGGUGAAAAUAACGAAUAUCCAUAGAGGUGUUACAUUUCAUGAGUCUGAGUGGUUGAAACAAUAUAUUAGUCUUAACACAGAACUCCGUACAAAGGCUAAAAAUGAUUUCGAAAAAGACUUUUUCAAACUGAUGAACAAUAGCGUUUUUGGGAAGACAAUGGAGAACAUACGUAACAGACAAGACAUUAGACUGACAACAAAUGAAAAGCAGACAGCAAAAUUGAUUAAUAUGCCUAAUUAUAAGAAAAGAACGAUAUUCUCAGAAAAUUUAGCUGCUGUUCAUAUGGGUAAAACAGAGUUAGUAUUCGACAAACCCAUAUAUGUAGGUAUGUCAAUCCUUGAUCUUUCGAAGAAUUUGAUGUAUGACUUUCAUUAUAAUUAUAUAAAACCAAAAUAUGGUGAUAAAGCAAAUCUACUAUUCACAGAUACUGACAGUCUUAUGUAUGAGAUUGAAACAGAUGAUUUUUAUAAAGAUAUUGAGAAAGAUAUCGAGACAAAGUUUGAUACAAGUAAUUAUCCAGAAGAUCACCAAGGAGUAAAACAAAGGGUUAAUAAAAAGGUUAUUGGUAUGAUGAAAGAUGAGACAGCAGGUCAAGAGAUUACUGAAUUUGUAGGUCUUAGAGCUAAGUUAUACGCUUAUAAAACAGAUAUYGAAGAAGCAAAACGUUGUAAGGGUGUUAAAAGGUCAGUCGUUAAAAGGGAGAUAUCAUUCGAUGACUAUAAGGAAUGUCUAUUUGAGGGGCAACAAAUUAUGAGAAAGAUGAAUGUAAUCAGGAGUCAUGGGCAUCAAAUAUAUACAGAAACAGUUAAUAAAGUAGCAUUAUCAAGAGAUGAUGAUAAAAGAGAGAUAGAAUUAGAUUGUAUUAAUACUAAAGCUAUAGGCUAUAGAAAUAUUGAUGAAUGA